CCUCACCAACAGCAUUACUACCGACCUAUGUACGAGUUGAGACAACACCCAUCAUGUCGACACAGUCGGCGACCAGCUCCAAGCACAAAGCUUGCGAUGUAUGCAGGAGACGGAAAAUCCGCUGCUCAGGAGACCAUCCUUGUUAUCAGUGCCAGCAAGGCGGCUCAGUUUGCGCUUACACAUCAUCGCACGGGAGGCUGAUUGAGCUGGAAAGGUGGGUCAUUGCACAUGUCCAAAAAGUCAAGCCGAAGCUCGUUGUGGUGCGCCAUCUCCUCUGAUCAGAUAUCCAUCUAGGAAAUUCAAAUGGUAUCAAAAGCGCGUUGGUUCCAUGGAAGCUGCAUGGAAACGCUUCUGUCCAAACAUCGACCUAACGCUGGCGCUCCAUUCAGUCGAGACACAAACCCACGGUACGGCCCAGAUCGAUCCAAAUGACCCAACGACCCGGCCAAAGAAUCAAGCUCCGAUGGAGGGCCCUCGUGACAAUUCGGCAAGUCUGACUUCCGGAAUCGAUGGCUCCAACUCGGGCCUUGAAGUCCCAGUGGAACUCGACGUGCAAAGGGCUGAGUCACUGGAGUGGGACGAAUCAUCCGGCCUUGCUGUCACUGCCGAUGGUAUAGGUUCACUCUCGCUCAACCACAGGGGAACCGGAUACAUGGGCCCUCAGUCCGGAAACGCCCUCUUGAGGACACUGCAAGCCAGCUCCAUUCUCCUGAGGACGACGAACACGCAACCGUCGCAACCGUCACCAGAGCCAGACAUCUCCGAACACAUCAUCCAAUCGCCGGCGUUCUGCAACCAAUGCCUAGAUUACUACUUCAAGUAUUACAACACCGCAUACCCCAUCUUGCACGAGGCAUAUUUUCGAGCCCAGUAUUCAGGAGUCUUGCCGAAACCCAAGGAUGGCUCGUGGCGCAUACUCUUGAAUACUGCCUUGGCACUUGGAGCAUAUUCGAGCGAGAUUAGCAUUCAAAAUGCCGACAUCUACUUUUGUCAAGAAGCUCUUCGGCACUUGUCCGCGGACAUCCUGCAACGGGGAAGUCUGCCACUUGUGCAAGCCUUGACUCUGCUUGCGAACUAUUUGCAGAAACGCAACAAACCGAACAGCGGGUUCAUUCUGCUAGGUGUAGCGAUGAACAUGGCUCAGGCAAUCGGGCUUCAUCGCGAAUUUUCGGACUCCUCCAUCGGUCCAUUCACAAUGGAAAUUCGUCGGCGGGUCUGGUGGACGCUGUUCGUUUUCGAUUCUGGUUCAAGGCUGACCUUUGGCCGACCAACACUCGACCUGGCGGGUAUCAAUAUCCGUCUACCGCGGAAUCUCAAUGAUCAAGACUUGUCAGUAGAUCUCGACGAGCUGCCAGCUGCCAAAGACGUUCCAACCGUAACAUCUAGCCUCAUCUGGCAAACAAAACUAGCGCAACUCAGCAACAUUACGAAUGAGAAACUACUUCAGUCUCGGCUGCCAGAGUUGUCGACCAUAAAUGACCUGGAGGAAAGGAUCCUGCUGUGGCAAAAGAACCUCCCUCCUUACAUGCGGGCCGAAUUCUCCGCGUCAGGGUUUGAGAUGUUCACCGCUCCACGGAUGAUACUGCUAUGGCGGUCGAUGCACCUUCGCAUUGUUAUGUAUCGUCCAUUCCUAUUGGAGGUAAUCAAACGGAGAGACCCAAUCGACAUGAGCAAUUUAUGUGCGGGUUACAGUAGGUGUCUUGGUGCAGCCCGCGAAUGUGUUAUGUCCAUUGUCAACUUCUGGAACAGUACCACAGCUCGCCAUGGUUCUCUCGUAUGGUACGCUUUCUACUGGUUAGUCACGGCGACUUUCGUACCAGUCACCUGUCUAUUGUACGACCCUCAACACUGGGAGGCGCCAGACUGGCGACGACUCAUUGAGAUGGCUCAAGGAGUGAUCGAUAGCUUCGGAGCUCUCGAGCCAACUGCUUUGCGCGCAGCACACAUCAUCAAUGACAUAGUUGGUGAGCUUUCGAAUACAACCCUCUCUUGGUGUCAACAGGGUUCUAAAAACCGGCAAUGCUGGUUGAUUUUCAGCCUGCUGACUUUCGGGUUUCUAGGUCUUGUCCCUACCACCCCUGAUUCGUCGACUUUCGCAAUGAACGAACCCAUCAGAAUGGAGUUUGCAGAAUUGUGGAAUCAGUCGUGGCCCGACAUUGUUAUACCUGAAGCUCCUUCGACAUUUGAUGGGCUGAUCUAACAUCAACUGCUACAUCACCGGUUUCGUAACAUCACGAGCGGUUCAGAUUUUUCUGCAAAGCGCCGAUGUACUGAGCCCAGGUCAUCGCCUUGAGUUGGCCCAGGUGAAGCAGUCAAGAUUUGUGCCAUAAGACAUCUUGGCAGCCGUCGUCACAGACUGGAGUGGUUGCUAUAAGGGCAUUCAGGUCAACGGCCUCCCAGAGAGCAUAUCCAUGUCUUCAGACUGGGUUAUCGUCAGAAUUGACAACGUGAGUCGAGCCUCCAGGGGAAAUCUAGUCGAAGGUGGCCAUCUGGGAGUCUUCACCGCGUCCAGACUUAUGUGAUGCCGCCAACUUUGCACGAACGGAAUGGAGUUAGCAUAAUUACGUCGCGAAAAGAGCUUAGGUGAUGAGGACAAAAGGGGUGCUGCUGAUACUCACAUACAUCACAUCCUGUGCGCUCGCCUGCAUUUUAGUGCACUCGAGGGUAAGCUUCGCCUCUUUCCUCGGCCCGAGGAUGACUGGUUUCGCAAAGUCCUUUGGAGCUGCCUUCGGAUCAACCUGGCGAGCGUUGACUGUUGAGAGGAAACGUUUUCAGACUGUGGAGACAGGCUGUCCUCGUGCAGGUCCAGUACACAAUGGCCACGAUGCGCGCUCAACGGGCAGUAGAUAGCACAACUCGUCGAAAUUGGAUGUAGUCCCUCGUGACAUU